CCUCCCUUUUAAUUUUUAUCCGUGUUACAUAAACAAUAGUUUUAAACACAGUCUACAGUCUACACAUAUUUAAGUAUCUGUAACUGGUUAAAAAAUGUCUAAGACUCCAAAGGGCAAGCAAGGUAACACCUUGUUCGCCUAUUUUCAAAAGACACCAAAAUCAGAGAACAAGUCAAGCGAAAUUCUGUCACCCAGGCGCUCACCGAAUUCCGAUAAGAAGAAAAAUGUCAGUGGGAGCAACUCAGCCGCAUCAUCCCCUAUUACAGGCAGAACAAAAAACGACGUUCAAGUUUCAUCUUUGGGUGACAUUGUCUGGGCCAAGCUGGAAGGCUUUCCGUGGUGGCCAAGUCUAGUUUGUAACCACCCAACACAGAAAACACACUCUAAGGGGGGUAAAGUCCCCAUGGUUCAUGUUCAAUUUUUUGAUGACCCUCCCUCUAGAGCCUGGAUCAAAGCCAGGAAUAUCAAACCAUUUAAAGGCGCAAAUGACGAGGCUUGGCAAAAAGGUGGACAGUUCUACUCAUUGAACAACAAGAUAAGGAAAGGUGUUGAAGACGCAGACAAGGCACUUGGUUUAGAAGUUGAUGAAAGAAUGAAGCUUGUUGUUGAGCUGCAGCCUUCAAGUGAAGAGGAGGAUGAUGAUCAUGAUGAAGUGGCAGAAAAAAUGGAUUUAGAUCCCUCGAUAUUUGAUGAUGAGAUGUCUGAUCAGGAAGUAGCAACUAAAGAAAACUGUGAGGUCAAAACUAAAGAAACGGAGGAGGGAGUAACCUCAAGCAAACCGUCACCAAAACCUACAGAGAAUUUAACUAAAUCCAAGAGAAAAGCUGCUCAAGAGGCGGCGGUUAAAAAUAAAAGGCGAAAAAUUAUUGCCUCUGAAAGUGCAGAUGAGGAUUCAGAAGAAGAUUUCAAACCAGUUUCUUCCGAAGAUGAUGAUGAUGGGGACUCCAGCAGUGGAGUGGAUGAGGCACACAUAGAAUCAGAAGUAGAGGUGGAAUCUGAGUCUGAAUCUCCUAUCAAAGAGUCUCGAAAAAGGAAAAGUAAUGGUACACCAGCGACCAAAAGCAAGGCAAAAAAAUCCCUGAAUUUGUCCUCAUUUGCCGGGGAUAAGAAAACCAGCCCAACAGUUAGUGAGAACACGAAAUCUAAGCUGUCCUUGUUCACUGCACCUGAGACUGGUUCAGAUGACACAGCAGUGAAAGAUACAUCCAGUUUUACACAUCUACAUCUGGACUUCUUGCAGCCAGAGAAGAUUAGGGAUGCAAACAAGCGACUAAAAGAGGAUCCAGACUACAAUCCUAGGACACUCUAUGUACCGGAUUCAUUCCUUAGUAAACAGACGCCUGCCAUGCGUCAGUGGUGGGAGCUCAAGAUCAACCAUUUUGAUACAGUUCUUUUCUUCAAGGUUGGCAAGUUUUAUGAACUCUACCAUAUGGAUGCAGUUACUGGGGUCAAUGAACUGGGCCUGAUUUAUAUGAAGGGUGACUGGGCCCACUCUGGGUUCCCUGAGAUCGCCUACAACCGCUACGCUGAUGCUCUCAUCCUCAAAGGGUACAAGGUGGCCAGGGUGGAGCAGACAGAGACUCCGGAUAUGAUGGCUGACCGUUGCAAAACGAUGGGCAAACAGGCAACAAAGUUUGAUAAGGUUGUGAAGAGAGAAAUCUGCCAAGUGAGCACACAGGGAACUAAGACUUACAACUAUCUGGAUGGUGACAGUGGUGAUGCUACUAGCAAAUAUUUACUGGCAGUUUGUGAGAAGGUUGAGUCAGGUGAAGGGAGAAGUACAUAUGGCGUGUGCUUUAUUGAUACCUUGAUUGGAAUAUUUCAUGUUGGUCAAUUUGAAGAUGACCGUCACAUGUCCAGGUUGCGCACUUUAAUAGCCCACUACACACCAACUCAGGUUUUAUACGAAAGAGGAAAAAUAUCAUCAGCCACUUUGCAACUGUUUAAAGCCAAUCUAACAUCAGCACUGAAGGAGGCCUUGACCCCGGGGUCAGAGUUCUGGGACAGUGGGAAGACCUUGAAGGUUUUAUCAGAGGAGGAGUACUUCAAAUCCAAAGAUGAUGACCUGCAGAUGCCUGAUGUCAUUAAAGCUAUGCUGAGUGAAAAUGAUGCUCUAGGCCUAACUGCAGCUGACUCAAGUGAACUGGCAGUGAGAGCUCUUGGUGCUGUCACUUGGUAUCUUCAGUACUGUCUGCUAGAUCAAGAACUCUUGUCUAUGAAGAAAUUUGAAAAGUAUAUCCCUAUUGAAAGCUCUAAUUUGAGUACAAAAAAGGAUGAUACAUUUGAUUUAAAACAGAGGCAUAUGGUCCUGGAUGGCGUGACCAUGGCUAACCUGGAUGUAGUAUGGAACACAUCCACACAAUCCACACAAGGGACACUACUGGAGAGAUUAAACACAUGUUCAACAUCUUUCGGCAAAAGACUUUUCCACCAGUGGCUCUGCUCCCCUCUAUGCCAGCCUGCGUCUAUUUCUGACAGACUUGAUGCUGUAGAUGACCUGAUUCAAAUACCAGGCACAGUGGAGGAGUGUGUGACCAUACUGAAGAGACUUCCAGACUUGGAAAGAUUACUUAGCAGGAUUCACUCCAUUGGGUCAGCUGGCAAAAGUAAAAGUCACCCAGACAGCAGAGCAAUUCUUUAUGAAGAGGUCACUUACAGCAAAAAGAAAAUUGACGACUUCUUAACAACAAUAGAGGGAUUUAAAUCUGCAGUAAAAAUAAUGGAGAAAUUUAAACCAGCUGCCUCUUCAUUCAAAUCAAAGUUGCUUGGGAAAACUGUCAACAUCAAGUCUGCAGCUACAGGGGAUGACGCCCACUUCCCUGACAUUGCUGAGGAUUUAGAAUUCUUUGAUACUGCCUUUGAUCAUAAAAAAGCUAAAAAAGAUGGAGUCAUUGUUCCCAGCAAAGGAGUCGACGAGGACUAUGACAAAGCUUUAGAAGAUAUCAGAACAAUAGAAGCAGAGUUUGCUGAAUACUUAGACACUCAGAAAAAAGUUUUGGGGUGUAGAUCAAUAACGUACUGGGGGACAGCAAAAAAUCGCUAUCAGAUAGAAGUCCCUGAAUCCGCCUGGUCCAACAUUCCCAACUCGUACGAAGCAAUGUCCUCAAAGAAGGGGGCCAAGAGAUUCCGGACAGCCGCAAUAAAUGACCUCCUGCGACAGCUGAUGGAAGCUGAAGACAAGAAAGAUGCCUGUCUUAAGGACAUCAUGAGAAGGAUAUUUCACAGUUUUGAUGAGAGGCAUUCAAAAUGGAUGGCAGUUGUUGAGUGCCUGUCAGUGUUAGAUGUACUCAUAGCCCUGGCAGCCUACAGCAGAGGGGCUGACGGCGUUGUCUGCAGACCUGAAAUUGUUUUACCUGAAAGUGGAAUGCAGCCUUUACUGGAGAUCCGUGAUGGGCGCCAUCCAUGUGUGGCAAGAACAUUUGAAGGUGGAGAUUUUAUCCCAAACGAUACUGUGAUUGGUGUGAAAGAUGAGAAUGAUGAUGAAGAUGGAAGCUACUCUGAAAGUCAGGUUGUCUUGGUAACUGGACCUAACAUGGGAGGCAAGUCAACGCUAAUGCGCCAAGUGGGGCUAAUCACUAUCAUGGCCCAGAUUGGCUGUUAUGUUCCUGCGGAAAAAUGUCGGCUGACCCCAGUGGACAGGAUAUUUACCAGACUUGGCGCCAGCGACAGAAUUAUGGCAGGUGAAAGUACAUUUUUUGUGGAGUUAAGUGAGACAUCAUCCAUUUUACAACAUGCAUCAAAGCACUCCCUGGUGCUAAUGGAUGAACUGGGAAGAGGUACAGCUACCUAUGAUGGGACAGCCAUUGCUUGUGCUGUUGUGAAGACUCUCUCUGAAAAUAUCAAGUGCAGAUCACUCUUCUCAACCCAUUAUCACUCUCUUGUUGAAGAGUUUAAAAAUGACUCUAAUGUUCGACUUGGCCACAUGGCUUGCAUGGUAGAGAAUGAGAACGAUGAAGAUCCAUCUCAAGAGACCAUCACGUUUCUCUACAAGUUUGUCAAGGGGGCGUGUCCUAAGAGCUAUGGUUUUAACGCUGCCAGACUGGCCAGUAUCCCCGAGGAGGUAAUUACAACAGCCGUACAGAAAUCCAAACAGUUUGAGAAAACAGUUGAAUGCCAGAAGUUAUUCAGAUCUAUAAUGAACAGUAACUCUGCAACAGAAGUUUUGCCCCUUGUAUCAACCUUAUGCUAACACAGCCAGCCCUAGUUAAGAGGAUACAGAUACCCAAGUCUACUAAUCUACAGUUGUGCUAAUUAGUUUAAUACAGCCCUUCCUUGACAAUUUUGCCUGAUGUUAUUAGGUGCAGCUUGUUGAUGUAACUACUGUUAAUUUUCUUAUUUCCUUUAAAUUUUAUAAUGCUGAGUAUUAAGUUUUUUUUUAUCCCACCCUUGUAAAAAACCACUGUACAUAAUUUGUUGCAUUUUUUUAUGUAGAGAUUACGGGCAUUUGAGAAUUUCUAUUUUUGAAUCAAAUAUAUUUCAUUUUUGUGAUCAUACAAUACUGACUCUUAAGUAAAGAAAUC